UGUCAGUCCCGUCCCGUGCAUUGUGGGAGCGGAGUGUGAAACAUGGCGGCGUGCAUCAUUGCCCGGUGUGUCCGAUCACUGAACUAUCGUUCAUUGUAUAUUAACCGUUUAAAUACUGCCGUUACAUUAACAGCAACACCGUUCUCUCACGGACGAGCAUUUUCACAUCUGAGUAACGGGCACAAGUCUUCACUAGCGCAGAUCUCUGGCAGUUUGCCUCAAGUCUGUCAGUGGAGGCAGUACGGUGAUUUGCCUCCCUUAACACUAGAAACGAUUCGUGACCGUGUCCUCUAUGUCCUGAAGCUUUAUGACAAGAUCAACCCUGACAAGCUUCAGGCUACUUCUCACUUCAUGAAGGAUUUGGGACUGGACAGUUUAGACCAGGUGGAAAUCAUCAUGGCCAUGGAAGAUGAAUUUGGUUUUGAGAUUCCUGAUGCAGAAGCAGAGAAGUUGAUGACACCCCAAGAGAUCGUUCAGUACAUCGCAGACAAGAAGGAUGUCUAUGAAUAAGCAUAAAUAUUCACUGUAAGUUUGGUGACAAUCCAAAUGUCCAAAACCCAAAUGAAAAUAUAUUAUGCUGAACGUGAACAUCGUUCUUUCAUCCACAUUUAAGAAACCUGUCAAAUGUCAAAGAUCAUGAAUGUUUGUCACAAACUGUUUAUGUUUAUGCCUUUUUUGUAUUUAGAUAAAUGUUUAAAUCUUUGUUAGAAA